GUUAUCCUUGUUGACAGGUCAGUCACUCCUGCAGGGUGAUAUAUUGUAACUUCUUACCUGAAGAAAUCAGUACCAAUUAGGAAAUGGCCAAAGUUGAAAGGUUUGCUUUUCAUGUUCCAAGUCUGGAGGAGCUUGCUGGGGUUUUGCAGAAAGGGCUUAAAGAAAACUUUGCUGAUGCUCAAGUCUCUGUUGUAGACUGUCCUGAUCUGACUCAGGAACCCUUCAACUUUCCUGCUAAAGGAAUCUGCGGAAAGCCUAGAAUAGCAGAUGUGGGAGGUGUUCCUUACCUCAUACCUGUUGUACAGAAAGAAAAAGUUUAUGAUCUAAAUACAGUUGCAAAAGACAUAGAGCUGCCUGGAGCUUUCAUUCUUGGAGCUGGAGCUGCUUCAUCUAAGAUUCUUGGAGUAAAUGCUGAGCUUAUCCCUAUUGUUCAAACUAAGAGUGAAAAAAAGCCUGCUGUGAAUGGGAGCUACAUUGCUCAGAUAAAUCCUGCGGAUAAAGGGUGCCUGCUCGAGAAGUACAGCAGUAAAUACACUGACUGUGAGUUUGGGCUGUUGGCCAACCUUUAUGCCAGCGAGGGCCAACCUGGUAAGGUCAUUGAAGUGAAAGCCAAUGGAAGAACUGGGGAACUUAACUUUGUGUCUUGUCUGAGACAAGUUUUAGAGAAACACUAUGGAGAAAAGCCAGUUGGGAUGGGUGGUACAUUUAUCAUCCAGAAGGGGAAAGCAAAGAUUCAUGUUAUGCCUCCAGAAUUUUCUGUCUGUCCUCUGAAUACCGAUGAGGAUGUGAAUAACUGGCUCAAAUUCUUUGAAAUGAAGGCUCCACUGAUUUGUCAACCAGUAAUAGUUUCCAGAGAUCCAGGCUUUGACCUGCGUGUGGAGCACACCCACUGCUUCAGCCACCAUGGGGAAGGGGGGCACUACCACCAGGACACCAGCCCCGACAGCGUGCAGUACCUGGGGUACCUCCUGCCCGCCGAGCUGCUCUUCCGCAUCGACAGGCCCCCGGAGACGCACCUCGUCGGGAGGGACUGA